CGCUAAUGGUUGUCCUCAUCGGUUGAUUAGCUGAUAAUGCCAAAUCUGAUGGGAAUAUUAGAUCUUCCGUGAUCUGCAAGCGGUCAUCAUAACCCGUCCGAUGCGACAAAUGCUUUAUCCGUCCACAAGGAACGGUCGGAACAGCCCGCCCUCAAGCAGACUUCACGUGGCGACGUGGGAUUGGAUACUUUUUAUAAAGUUCGGAAAAAACAGCGUCGGUCUUAUCCACAGCGCGUUCCCCCUCCCCGCCUAAAUGUCCGGUUCCCAUACUUGGGUCCACCGUCUCUCUCUCUCUCUCUCUCUCGGUACCUCCGCGAGCCCUUCGCGCCGCUUUCCGAAAGAAAGCCGACGACUCCCACCCCCCAUCCUACGGCGAACAGCUCACCCCCCUCUGAUAGCGAGCCUUUCGAGGCAUCCUUUCCCCUCUCCUCCCAACUAUACCCAUCCCCCUCACCUACCCCGUUCCCCGAAUUCCGAGGGCAUUUUUGUCACUCCACCGAUAUAAUCUCCGUCCGGUCCCGGACCAACGGCGGCGUCUCGUCUUUAUCCUUCCCAAAAUUAUAAUUAUUCCCCUCCCACCGCGUCCUUCCGUCAAACCCUAGCCCCAAAUCAACGGCGGUGAUGGCCCCCGAUCCGGUGGACCCAUCCCCACCGCUGACGCCAGCAAAACUCCCCGCGCGAACGUCGGCGCACGCGCUCCCCCGGCGAUCCCUAACCUCCCCACGUGCUUCUCACGCCCCCCUCCCCAGCCGGCGCCUCGCCGCUCCCCCUUUUACUCCCCGGUCCGUUCCCCGCCGUCAGACAAAGACGAAGCGAGCGAGCGAGAAGGGGGGUAGCUGAUCUGGGCCUAGAUCUAGAGAUUUCUUCUAUCUGUGCUGAGAUUUGACGGCCUAUGGACGGGAGGGAGACGGCUCUGUCACGGCCGCCGAACCCGGCGCUGCCCUACCGGGAGGACUGCUGGAGCGAGGGGGAGACAUCGGCGCUGGUGGAGGCCUGGGGCGACCGCUACCUCGAGCUCAACCGGGGUAACCUCCGUCAGAAGCACUGGCAGGAGGUUGCCGACGCCGUCAACUCCCGCUGCAGUGCCUCCGCCAGCCGCCGCCCCCCCCGCACCGACGUCCAGUGCAAGAACCGGAUCGAUACCCUAAAGAAGAAGUACAAGAUCGAGAAGGCCCGGAUCGCCUCCGACGGUGCGGCGACGAGCCAGUGGGCCUUUUACGACCGCCUCGACGCCCUCAUCGGAUCCUCCGUCCCGGCCAAGAAGCCAUCGCCGCCGCUCGCCCUCCCGCUCCCCUACCACCGGAAGGGCUCCCCCCUCCCGGCCGCGACGGCGGCGGCAGCGGCGGCCGCCGCCUCCCGCCCCGCGGAGAAGCGCCCGGUGGCCGCGCUCGCCGUCGAUGACCCGUCGUUCUUCCGGAGGGCGGCCGCGGCUGCAGCGGCGGAGUCGGCGGACGACGAGGAGGAGGAGGACUCGGGGUCGUCGGCGAGGUCGUCGUCGAGGUCUGGGAGGGGGUCGAGGGGGGCGAGGGAAGGGAAGGGGGACGGGAUCCGGCAGCUGGCGAGGGCGAUCACGAGGUUUGCUGAGAUCUAUGAGAGGGUGGAGAGGGCGAAGCAGCGGCAGAUGAUGGAGCUGGAGAAGCAGCGGAUGGAGUUCGCCAAGGGGCUGGAGUUCCAGCGGAUGCAGAGCUUUGUGGAUUCCCAGGUCCAGCUGGAGAAGAUCAAGCGAGCCAAGCGAGCAGAUGUUGAUUACUUGUAGUUUCAUCAGUGGAAAGAUUUAUUAUGCUAUGGGAUGGUGGCUCUUGUCGGGAGUUGGAGUACUUGAUUCCCUUUUAUAGGCUCCGCAUUGGUGGAAGGGGUGGCGUAUCACCACUGCCAUUUCUUCUGGAAAGGUUUUUGUCGGCUACUGGAGCACUUUAACUUAUAAGAAACCAAAAGAAGGAAAAUCUCCAUAAAUUGUAAGGCAUCACCGAUUACAAAUGUCGGGUUUUGCUCUCUAUGAAUUCUAGAUCAAUGUGAUUAUCGACAUAUUAGGUCAUCUAAUGCAUGUUAAAUUAAGCGUUAUCAUCCUUUGGUGCGCUGAGAUGUUGAUGUGUUUUGUUGGAGUUCCUUGCGCUGCCAUUGAGCUUAUUAUGGAAGAGGUAAUAUUUUCAGAGA